AUGACGGAGAGCAUGAGCCGGGAUCCUGACGUCCCUCUUCCGCAGCCACCAAGCUCUCAAACCCCAAUAUCGUCUAUACCAGGAGCCACUGGGAGCACUUUGCAAAACCAUACUCGUGCUACGACUCGCCCAACAGAAACUCAAAAGACUCAAGUGGAUACUGCUUCGGACAAAGCAACCGCAGCAUUCAUUCGGCGUACUCUCUGUUCCCACAAUGUACUACUUGGAAACGGCGAGAAAGCACGCAGUACACCACGCCCAAUCGGAGACGUGCUACCACCUCUGACAAGCUCAAAUGAGGUCGAUCUUCAGUUAUACGGUAUUAUUUCUGUGAUCAUCAAGGAGUUCGUACAGACGUGGUACUCGAAGAUAACUCCAGAUCAAGUAUUUGUCAACGAAGUGAUUCAAAUUAUCGCUCACUGUACCCGUGGUCUGGAACAACGCCUCAGGAAAGUCGACCUGGAAUCACUGUUACUAGACGAGAUCCCUGAGCUGCUUGAAGCUCAUCUGACAUCUUUCCGAAUAGCGAAGAAUCAAGCCGCCUCGUCAAAUUCACUGGUAUCAGAUCCUCGUCUGAUCUAUCAUACGCUCCACCCACACCCUGCACUUUCUCCUGUUCCGACCGAUGAUGCACCAGCAACAGUCCUCGAGCAGCGCGAAAGCGAGUCGGCGUGGCGCCAACUCCUCAUCCACGGAGUGUUGGCUUUAUUGCUACCGACAGAAGACUUGAAGAAUGGGUGUCUACGCGCCCUGGUGGCCGAAAUUUUCGCCGAGAUGAUCCUCGGAAACGGCAUUAGCGGCAAAGCCUGUGAGGGAUGGGUAUUAUGGGAAGGCAUCACAAGGAUAGCUGAGGUUCUGCAGACCGAUGCUACCAAAGAGAAAGAUCCCCAGUCAGACGACCCUAACGCAGAACAGUCGUUGACCCGUCUUGAGCGUUAUGGGCUGCUGUCUCCACACGGCGGGACAGAAGUUCAUCCAGAAGAACGACUGGACGCCGGCCAGAAUCGCCAUAAUACUCCGGUCGUAUACACUUCUGGUGCAUUCUGGGCGAUCAUCCAAUACGCUUUUUUGGCGUUUACUGCGGUGCGCGCGGUGAUUUUGAGUCUUGCGACAUUAUCUUCUCUUCCGUCAAGAAUUGCCACAAGCGAACAGUCAUCUGUUGAGGCCGGUAGCCAAUCGCAAACACCUCAAGCGGAAAACAUUGCUUCCAGGCGCCCGUUGGAGGCCAAACGGCCUGUAGUCAGCAUGGGCUUGUGGAGCUGUGUAGCGCAACUUGUCGAGUUAGAUGUCCGCAUGCCUUGGCUGUUGGGCUUCAUCUCCAUGCUCCAUCGUGGAGCGUUGGCCGGCCCAGGUAGGGUGGGUGAAACCGAUGGUGUAUUGGACAGGUUCCUCGCUCAUACUUUCCACACACGGAUCUUGAACCCCGCUUUCAUUCCAGUGGCGCUUCGCACUCUUCGUGCAACACUCUUCCCUAACAAUGCGCUCGGGCCCCCACGUCAGAUCCCAACUGAUGAGGAGAUCGAGGCGAUCAAGCACUGUUGUGCCGCUACGCUGCUAGACUUAGUACCACCUAAAGUAGCAGCCGCUUUCUUCGCGAGUGACGGACGCGAUACUCAGGUUCGACAGAUCGAAGAUAUACUAGGCUGUCUUGAUGACGCCUAUCUCAACAAACAUCUCGUCUUUCAGAUUGUGGAACUGAUCGGACUACGCCUGUUUCCGGAGCUUGGAGAACAAGGCGUCAAAGACUUACUGGACGAACGUAUCAGCUGA